UAUAUCGUUCGUUUCUCAACUUCAUCAUACACCUUCCUCUCCAACAAAUAUGUCCGCACCUACAGAACUUCCUGCAGAUCCAGAGUCUAUGAAGAAGCUUGAAAAGGAAUUCUCGACGGAGACCAAAUCUGAGGAAAAGAAAUUGCAGUCAGCCUUCAAAGACGUGUACAAGCACGAGAAAUCAGAAGCCAAGGCUUCCAAGUCCGUAGAAAAAGCAGAGAAAGCCGUCAGGAAGCUGGAAAAGCUGGAGCUGCAGACCGUUAAUUCCCUCCAUACCAUCACCCGCAAACAUGAUAUAGCUGUUGCAGACCUUCACAAUGCGCAGGCGGGCCUUCAUACUCAGCAACAGCAGCUAGAGAAACACAAACAUGACCUUUCGACUGCGCGAACACACGUCGACCAGGUCACCAAGGAUAAGAAUGAUCAUGAUCGUGAACGUCACGAUAAACUAAGUCAGCUGCACUCAAGCCCGCCGACCCAGACCGGUGGUCCGAGCGCGGGCACGUCCGAGUCAGGUGCCUCCACUGGCUCAAGUCAGGAAAAUAUGUAAGACAGGACUGCCGCGCUCUGUUACAUAGCGUGACCACACUCAUAUUAAUUGACGAUUUAUAUCAAUCUCAAUCCCUGUAUUUCUAUGGCAUUAUUUUUACACUGUAAUUGUAUUUUUUUUCAUCCCAG